AUUAUUUUAGAUACACACUUUGCAUAAAUCUUUUUAAAUUCAAUAUUAACUAUUUCAAUUUUUUAUAAAAUAUUCUUAGCGCGGACAUUUGUUAAAAAAUACUAAUUUGUAGGAGAUAUUUGAAUAUCAUCUAUGUAUGAAAUGCGUAUAUUUUGUGUAAUGUCAACGUGACCGUCCGGUUGCGAUAACACCGUCGAAUUGCACAAUCUCGUUGCUUUUACGUAAGAUUCUACCAACGCUGACCGCUCUAGAAAGUGAUUCAAUUAGUAAUUCUUCGAACUCGUGUUCUUACGGAUAGCGAUUGCGGAAUCGUCGAAGGUCUUUUAACGCUUCUGUCUAAAGCCGACGAAUGCUGAGAAUUUCUCAUUGCGUAGGCGUAAAGAUAACAAAAAUUUCGAUCUUUGGACAUAUUAAAAUUUCCGUCUCAAAAUGAUAAGAGUUUUAGCCCUUUUGGUACUCAGUUCAAUCUGUGUCAUAAUCAAUGCUCAGGGAACGGCAUCUAAUGAAAAACCAUUUUUCGGCCAGACAUUUGAUGAAAUUGUCGUAUCAUCGGACUUAAAUGUCAGAAGAAAAUCAAAGGAAAAUCGUCAGGGCAAAAGAUUAUUGUCGAACGUGCCGUCAGGAACUACUGGUCCACCAGAAAAACCAACCGCAAUUGCAUCCAGACUCGUUUCCACUGAUGGAAGCCGUAUAACGCUGGAAAAAAGGGAGAAACGUGGCAUCGUUACAGCGCGAAGGAGGUAUCUGGAUUUGGGCGUCGCGGGAUACUUGCUGAAAUCUAGGAAACGGUGAAAAUUUUACUCUGAGGACAACCGCACGACCCUCUACAUCUUCAUCUGUGAUCACAUUUCUUUCGACGAAUUUUUAGGCCACGGCUCAUGUAACAAAAAGUACAAUAAAAUUCUUCUGUGUCAUAACA